UGUGUAAUAUCUACACGUUGAUUUAUGAUUUUUUACUUCAAUUUAAUUAUUUUUGUAAAGUUGAUGUCCGUCAGAUGUGCUUACCUUGUCAGUGAUGGUUGUAGAUGAGUGAUUGUGCAAGUGAAUAGGUAGACACGGUUUUGUGGAUGACAAAAAGCUUGUCAAAAGUUUUGAUUGAAUGGUUAGGUUGGAGAAGUAAGUAAUGUCGUCCAAGAAAUUUGAAAGGGAAAAGCUGCUUAAACGGAUAGCGGAAAAACGGCAACGAUUAGAAAAAUCGGGAGAUGUAGUCAUUAAGAUGCCUAAAUUAUUAUUACCGUCCGAUUACAACAUAAAAUCUCAGCCGCUGUUUUCGUUACCUCCUGAGCUCAUGAGGCCCAUUUUGGCAUCUGGUUAUCCUGGAUACAGAAGAAGUUUGGCACAGGCCAAAAAGAAAGCUGCUGAAAGGGAAUUACGCAUGCAGUCGUAUACUGCGUUACGGAAACAGAGGGAAGAGUUUCGGAAGAGAUUGGUAGAUCUAAUUGUUAAAAAAGAUGAUAGUAUGGAUAUUGGUCCAGAUGAAAUUCCUACAGCUGGUGAAAAAGAAAUAUUGAGAUAUUAUUAUUAUAUACGCCAUGGGGUGGACACUGUGCAUGUCGCUCCCCUGGACCCAAAGCUUUUGGAUACGGUUUUAGAUUUAAUACCUCCCAAGUUAAAGAAAUGGCGUGAACUAUUGAAGCAGAACGUGAACGAUGUAAAGGAAGAUUACAUGCUGGCAAUGAAAAAAUCAAUUGUGGAUUUCCUUUUGCGCGACCCAAGCUUUUGCGAGUCGAUCGUGGCAGAUUUCGAGUCGUCCGCACGAAUGGAAGUGCAACACGAAGGUCCAACGUGGGGACCUAAUCGAAGAAAGGCCAAAACGGUUUUAGAAAGAUGCCUAUUUAUAGUUAACCCCUGCUCCACUCAACUACUGGACCUUUGGUACACUCAGUUCAGAAACUUUCGGUUGAUCGACGUGGAUGCUUUGCGUAAACGCGAAGGGCCGUUCAACUUGGCGGACUUCCAAUGGAUAGUUGCGAAACAGAUCGAAGGUUUUAAGGGCGUGCUAAUAAAUUCGUAUUACAAGCAAGUUUACGAUAUAUUUUCGUUGGGAGCUAAAAGAAAUAAAUUACCUAAAGCCGCAUUUCCAAGGCGACUUAAGAAAUUUUAUAACAGCUGUGCCACAUACAUGACUUAUAAUUUGCAAACCCUGUGCUUGAAGUCGUUGUACGAUUACAUGGAUUACAUUACGGAUAUCAAAUUUAAAAAUAAGGGCUUCGAUAUCAAUUUGGUAGAAAAAGGAGGCACGAUUAUGUUUGAACCCCCCUUUAAAAACUUUAAGGACGUACUUAUAAAAGUAAUAGACGCAAUACUAGCAGCCGUAACGAUACUACCCAGGCUGGAAUCAAAGCUAGAUCCAAACUUUCAGGGUGAAAUUCAAUAUAUAAGGCCGGUAAUUCCUGCGGAGACAGUGGAAAACUAUAAAAGGGAAUUGAAUUGCCUGUUAGAUGAUCAACGCAUCGGCCCGGAGCUUAGAGUUCAAGAUUUUGAUGAAUACAUGCCUUUAAUUAAUGGAGAGGCAUUGGAAAAUCUAAAUAAAUUUCUAUCAGAAGAGCAUACUUUUGAUGAAUACGUCGAAAUGAUAAUACUAUACAAGGAGAUGUCAGAAAAUAUUCCGUUGGUCAAGGAGCACGUAAUAACUAUGGGGAUGUACUAUAUUCACAGACCUGAGUUAAUAAAAGCAUUGGUGAUGCUGGCUGAAUCUCUCAAAGAUCGACUAUUGACACGAAUGACGAACGAUUAUCAAACUUUAUGCAAAGGUUUAGAGUAUCCGAGACAUCUUUGUAUCCAAUAUUUUAUGGACAUUUAUUUACAGUUGAAUUCGCGUUCGGCUCGCUCCAUUGUAGUAGAUGAGGCGGAUCGAUCACGACCCGGAUUAGCGGUCUUCCCUCGAGUCAGAAUAAUGAAUUUACUGUAUUACGACCGCUUUAAAUACUUAAUGCCUGCUAUAAUACACUCUUAUCGAUUCGCGACGUGCGCGUCCGAAAAGCGUCCUUUUACGACUUGUACAAUGAAAAAAGUGCGUGCAACGCUGAGGAGCGGCGGCGGCGGCGGCAUCCUGCAAGUUAUCUAA